CUGUCUGUCUGUCUGUCCCCUUGGCUGUCUGUCUGUCCCCUGUCUGUCCCCUUGUCUGUCUGUCUGUCUGUCCCCUUGGCUGUCUGUCUGUCCCCUGUCUGUCCCCUGUCUGUCCCCCGUUCGUUCCCGGUGCCGCCGUUCGUGCCCCCCGUGUCCCCCCGGCUCUGCGCUGUCCGGGCCGAGCCCGGUGUUUGUUUGCUCACGGAAUUGGCAGCGGCUGCGGCCCGGGGGGGGUCACCGGGGGGUCCCUGCCUGGGCCCGGUGCUGACGUCCGUCCCUGGCCGCUGGCUGGUGGCCCCGGUGUCCCCAGGGAUGCCGUGUCCCCCCCGCGCCCGGUGACGGUGCCGGAUUUUGGGGGGACACAGGCGCCCCGUGUGCGUCACCGCACGUUCGGGGGUGGCCGGGAGGGGGGGAAUAAAACCGAGCCCGGCACAUCCCGGAGCAUCGGGGGCGCCGCCGGCACCGGGAGCAUGGAGAGCGCUCGGCUCUGCCUGCUCUGCCUGCUGGGCUCCGGCCUCAUCCUGCUCGGGACCCCCGAAGCGGCCGCGGAGCCCACCCUGAGCCUGCCCGGGCACGGCCGGGAGGAGCCGGAGCUGGCCGAGCCGCUCCGGGCGCUGCUGGACGAGCCGGCGCUGGAGAAGAGGCUGAGCUGGGUGCCCUGGUGCGAGCCCCGGGAGCCGUGCGCGGUGCGGCGCGGGGCGCGCUUCGGGAAGCUCUGCAGCUGCCCCCGCGGCUCCUCCUGCAACCUCCUCAUCCUCAAGUGCUCCUGAGCAGCGGGGACACCGCGGGACACCGGGGGACACCGGGGGACACCAGCUGCUCGGGCGGGGCAGGGAGGGGGAGCCGCGGGUCCCAGCCCCCUCCCCGCACCGGGAUGGACCCGCACGGAUCCUGGCGGUGUCCAGGGAUGCAUUAAACCAUUGGAUCCGCGCCUGCCGCCUGAUUUUUG